GGGGGAAUAGAAAAUGACAAUACCAGUGAAGUAGGAGGCAGCGAGUACCGCACUGCACGGGUUAGUGACUGGGAGCGCAGAAUGGGAAAUGACUUGGGGGAAGAUGGAGGAGGACGCGGCGAAUGAUCGAGACGUAGGCGCCGUGAUGUGGCAGCAAGCAGAUGUAGAUGUUCAGAAGAAGUUUCCAGACUGGUGUCUUGUUAUUCUGGGGUGAUCCCCUGACCGGGCGAGAACUAUGUCAUGGAUCAAGGAAGGAGAGCUGUCACUUUGGGAGCGGUUCUGUGCCAACAUCAUAAAGGCAGGCCCCAUGCCCAAACACAUCGCAUUCAUAAUGGAUGGGAACCGCCGUUAUGCCAAGAAGUGCCAGGUGGAGCGGCAGGAGGGCCACUCUCAAGGCUUCAACAAGCUGGCUGAGACUCUGCGCUGGUGUUUGAACCUGGGCAUCCUUGAGGUGACGGUCUACGCAUUCAGCAUUGAGAACUUCAAACGCUCCAAGAGUGAGGUAGACGGGCUGAUGGAUCUGGCCCGGCAGAAGUUCAGCCGCUUGAUGGAAGAACAGGAGAAACUGCAAAAGCAUGGAGUGUGUAUCCGUGUCCUGGGUGACCUACAUUUGUUGCCCUUGGAUCUCCAGGAGCUGAUUGCACAAGCUGUACGGGCCACUAAGAACUACAACAAGUGUUUCCUGAACGUGUGCUUUGCAUACACAUCCCGUCACGAGAUCAGCAACGCUGUGAGAGAGAUGGCCUGGGGAGUGGAGCAAGGCCUGCUGGAUCCCAGCGAUGUCUCCGAGUCUCUGCUUGAUAAGUGCCUCUAUACCAGCCACUCGCCUCACCCUGACAUCUUGAUACGGACUUCUGGAGAAGUGCGGCUAAGCGACUUCCUGCUCUGGCAGACCUCCCACUCCUGCCUGGUGUUCCAACCUGUUUUGUGGCCAGAAUACACAUUUUGGAACCUCUGUGAGGCCAUCCUUCAGUUCCAAAUGAACCAUAGCAUGCUUCAGCAGAAGGCCCGAGACACGUAUGCAGAGGAGCGGAAGAGGCACCAGCUGGAGAGGGACCAGGCUGCAGUGACAGAGCAGCUGCUGCGAGAGGGGCUCCAGGCCAGUGGGGACACCCAGCUCCGACGGACACGCUUGCACAGACUCUCAGCCAGACGGGAAGAGCGGGUCCAGGGCUUCCUGCAGGCCUUGGAGCUCAAGCGGGCUGACUGGCUGGCACGUCUGGGCACCGCAUCAGCCUGAGUGAGGCUGGCUGCCUGCCACUUUGUCCUGCCCUCUGCCUCCAGGGCCCCACUCCCCUUUCAUUUUUUGGUGAAAGGCACCUCCCUCUUGAGGAAGAAUUGUCGUCCCUUUGCUUGGCAGGGGAGCCCCCAAGGCCAGGGCUGCGGGCUGUAGAUAUCUUUGGACUGCCUAUGGUAGUGGCCCCUGGGAAGGGUUGGAGAGGAGUCUUCCCCCAAGGCCAGUAAACCCAGCUGUGCUCACCAAUAGGUCUGGAGAGCAGGGCGCCACAGUGCAUUGGCUGCCUGCCCCCUCCGCCUCUGCCACCACUCUGUGCUCCCGGACGGACUUUUCUUGCCACAGCACAUCCUUCAACAAACAAUUGCAGGGAAGAGGGCACCCCCUCCCCGCCCCAACCACAGCCCUUCACCCAUCCAUCUCCACCUUCCCCCUGACUUGCACGGAAGAUUUGGCUCUACCUUGGGUCGGCUGGUAAAUAGCUAAGAGGCAGCCAGCAUUAUUUGGGCAGGGAAAAAAGGGGCAGGAGCGACUGAAAGAAAAUGUGCCCAUCUGCCGCUCCUCCCCUUGGCUCUCCACCUGGGAUUUGCUAUUGAAUCUCCACCCCCUCCCACCACGCAGUACUGAUUGCUCACUGAAAGGCUCAGCGCCCCCAAUGGCGCGCGGAAGCCAGCCGGGUGAUUACAAUCCAAUUACCUAUUGUCGACUCAGCCCACACAAGCUUUUCUCCUCCUCUCGCAGGGCACGGGGCCAGGCUCCACUCCCAGUGGGACCGGCUCCCUCCAUGGCUACAGGGUAACAGAAGGGCCUGUAGGCCCUGGUGAUCGAAUGCAGCACCGGCCUACUUCGCCGUAACACAUCAGGCCUGAACAGAACCAGGCGCGGUUCCUGUCCUCCCUGGUUCAGUCAUUGAGGUUUCUCGGCUCUUGACCUGGCUCCCCAAGAAGGCCCUGAGACGAUUUACUUCGCAGCAUGGCAGGCUGUUCCAGGCGCUCUCUGCUGGUGGAGGCCAAGGCUGCCCAGCAGGAGGAAGAGGGCAGAGUCAGGGAAGGUUGUGUCCUUUCCCUCACCUCCCCUGCCAGGCGUUGCUGCUGAGAGGAUUAGAGCCUUUGAAGAGCUGUCUGAGCGACUGCUCCCAGUGCCCGAGCAGCGGUUCCUGCCCAGGGCUGCUCCUCGGUUUCCCCGCUUUCCUUUCUGCAAGCUGUUUCCCUAGUGCCUCCCUCCAGAGGGGAGGUGGGAUCUUGUAAGCAGAGUAGACUUCCGAGCCCCCUAACUUCUCAGACCUGAACCCAUCCUUGCCUUCCUGUGCCCAGAUACCUGGUGCCACAGGCCCCUUGGCCACUGUCCCUGCUUCCUGAAACAAGCAUAAGUGCCAGACACUGCGGUUGAAAAGCCAAUCAACUCAUCCUUUGGCAAGCCCCCUACACACCUGGCACUCCCCACUACCAAUGCCUGGCACCAUGUUCCCGGAGAGCAGGUGCUGUACAUUUUCCAGUCUUACAAUGGGGCUGUUGACAGCCUUAAUUAGGGAGGCAUGAAUUAUGUGGCUAUAAUACAGAGCCCUACAAUUAAGGCGGGAAUGAGGGGCUGGAGGCAGCACACAGAAUCUACCCUGUGAGUGUGGCUGGCUUUCCCUAAUAUGAUUGGGGGACGGUGGAGAUGAUUAAUGGAACUGGUAUUUCUGGCCUGAGGUCCUGUGUUCUGGGAAAGGUACACAGGGUGGAGCAGGGAGCAGCUGCCCCAGGAGACACUGGGAGUGGGAAGGAGAGGCGUUGAGGCCAUUGCUGUCCGGCGGCAGCAUCUGCAAAAUACUUGAUUUGAACUUAACGGUUGCUUUCUGUUGGUAGGAUUUGUGCACACCAGGUGGGACCAAUUUACGUGUCCUUCCACCUGUAAGCCAACCCCCACUUUGAGGACUUUUAUCCUGUUGUUCUCCUGGGCCUCAUAAUAGAAUUUUUAAGAUUCUUAGAUGUAAGACUUGUUUUGCUGCUGCAGUCGCCUGGCCCCCCUCCACGUGCGUUUGGCUAGCUCAAGACCAUGGCUUCCCGCUCCGGCAGGGGAGGCAGGCCCUGGAAGCGCCCUUUUGCCAUCACAACACCUGUUCCUCUACUUGUCCCCUAAUCCCCCGGCGCUUGUCUCCACCCUCCUUUCCGUCACCCAAAUGAAAGGAAGCCAGCUUGACAGUAGAAGGAGGGAUUUCGCCAGCUGCGUCUGCAGCGCCCAGGCUUGGUGGCCGCCUCGUCGGGUGGGGGCUGCUGGGCUCCAUGUCUCCAAGCUGGGUAGAGCUUAGGGGGAGGGGACUCUGGUAGGCCUUGGCGGGCGCUGUCCGUCAUUCUGUGGCGGGGUCCUGGGGUUCAGUAAUACAGGGCCCUAAAGGAGCCCCCCCCAUCAGCCAUGGGGGGCCUCCUCAGUGUUUGGGGAGGCGGCUGAGCAACGGGUGCUGAAAGGACAGCUCCUACCUGCCCCACAGCACCCGGAAGGCACCUCUGAGCGAAAAGGCUCCCCUGCGAUCCCCACCCGACCCCGCGCGGACCGCCUCCCAGCCCGAGCAGUGUGAAGAAGAGGCGAGGACGACCCCUGGACCGACCAAAGCCCGCGCGCCGCUGCAUCCCCGCGCCCAGCG